UAAUUGUCUACAUUUUUUAGGAGGCUGUCUACGAAGCCACAACAAAACCUCUAGUCCGUGACGUGCUAUUAGGGUACAACGCCACCGUUUUCGCUUACGGCGCGACUGGCUCUGGAAAGACUCAUACAAUGGUCGGUCACCCUGGCAAGGACACCGGUAUCAUGGUCAGAGCCAUGAAUCAGCUCUUCCAAUUCAUAGAAAAACGACCGCAGCAGUAUUCAGUUAUUUUAUCUUACCUAGAAAUAUACAAUGAAAAUAUUCGCGAUCUUCUGAACCCACGGUCCGGGUUUUUAGAGCUGCGGGAAGAUUCUACGAAAGAUAGGAGUGUUCACGUGGCCGGACUGACAGAAGUUGAGGCCAACUCAACUGAGGAGGUGAUGGGUUUGCUGCAGAAAGGGAACAAGGAGCGUAGUUGUGAGCCCACGGCGGCGAAUAAGACGUCAUCGCGAAGUCACGCACUGCUCAGUGUUACGGUGCGUCGCGCUCUGGCCGUCGUCGGCGAGUCACACAACAAACUUCGCACACGAGUCCGCCAGGGACGCCUCUUCAUGAUAGACCUGGCCGGCUCCGAGAGGGCCGCUCAAACCAAGAACCGAGGAAAGAGGCUGCAGGAGGGUGCGCAUAUCAACAGGUCCCUUCUGGCGCUAGGGAACUGCAUCAAUGCGCUGAGCGGUGGCGGUGGAGGCGGGGGUCGCUACGUGAACUACAGGGAUUCCAAGUUGACGCGGCUUCUGCGAGAACCGUUGAGCGGCAACUGCCGGACAGUUAUGAUCGCUCACGUAAGUCCAGCCUUGAGCCACCGAGAGGAGACCAGGAACACCCUCGUCUACGCUGCCAGAGCUAGCGGUAUUACCCACAAGGUGGAGAAGAACGAGUUGGAUAUCUCGUUCCACGUUUCGCAGUAUCGUUCGAUGAUCGCGGACCUCCGAAACGAGAUCUCUCGGCUGCGGAACAAGAUGGAAGAGAAGGAUGCCUGCCCACAGGAACAUUGUUCACCAAAUGACAAACUAGAAGUAAACGGAUGCCCGCAGCAAGCCAAAAGGAGUGGCAGCAGCCAAUCAGUCAAACAACUUCGUGAACAGAUCGUGGCCACGUUCCGGGAGCAGAUGAAGCUAAGACGUCGGUUAAUGGACAUAGACGGCCACUUGCUGUCACUGGGUGUUGAAGCUGAGAGACAGCAUCAAAUCAUUAGCCAAUGGGAGUCUAGAAACAACAAGCUCUACCGAAGACAAUCCAGUCAUAAGUGGCGUAACAGACCUAGCACCACGUCUUUCAAUGACGUUGACGAUGAAAUGUGGAACGACCAUGAGGAGCUGAAUAUGCACCAGGCCUGGUCGGAGCUGAGCUACAUCGAGCGGGAGCAAGAGCGGUACAUCAACAUCCGAUCGGAGACGGUCAAGGAGCUGGACGCGGUGCGACACCGAGCCGUCGCUCUCGAGAACGACCUCCCCAAACGACUCGACUCCGACACCGAGCGAGAGCUCCUCAGUCUCUUGUGCAGGGUUCACGAGCUGGAGGCGGACAAAAUGGCUCUGCAGGGGGAGCGGUUGGUUGAGUCGCACGAACUGCGGAGACGGGGUGAGCUGCUACUGCGGUUUCAUCGUCAACAGCGCCUCACCGAUGACAUCAUCACCCGCCAACGGCAACUCAUCGAGGACUCCCGGAUCGGGCUUCCCAACGACCUCCACGAGCUGUACUCUCUCUACCAGCAGGAGAUCCACGCCGCCACCGCCUCCUCUGCCUACAAUGUCGACACUGCCGGCGUCCCCUACUCCGCCUACGACGCUCUUCCACCUCUCAACAAGGAGCCUGUUCCUGUCCAGUCGGCGAGGAACGGCGAGAGACCCUCAGGAGCAUCUAGAGCCGGCCGGGAGCGGCAGAAUGGACACGCUACGUCGAACAACGGUCUUCCGCUCCUAAACGAGGGCCGCUUCAUGCCGGUCUACCGGAGUAGCUUGGAAGAAGACACACCCCCUGAUCGGAGCUCUCCACCUAUCCCGACGCACAUGAAUGAGUGGCAACGAGAACGCUACUUGAAGCAGCAACAUCAGCAGCAGCAGCAGUAUCAACAGCAGCAGCGGCAACAGCAGUAUCAACAGCAGCAGCGGCAACAGCAUAGCCAACAGGGUAGCCGCCACCCUAAUGGCGCCCAGAAUGGAAACUCCAAAGAUCCCUUACGACCCUCCCCUGCACCCCCAUCCAUGCUCUUCCCGCCGAUAUCCGAUCACUUCACUGGUCACUGACAGGAGGUUCUCAUCUGAAUCUCAAACGCUUGUGUUCACUAUUCUCACGUGCCGAGGAACAACGCCGUAUGAUUCUUUAGAUGUUGCCACAUUUACUUCAAUAAAAACUGAAUUUAC